UUCAACCAGCCUUUUACGGGGGUCUUAUAAAGGCGACCUACCCAGACCGAUGCCAGAAGGUUCGAACAAGUCUUUCAACCAUUUCCGUCGUAGUUUCAGAUCGGAAACCCUCGCGUUCAAAAAUGUCAGCGAAGUACAUCAUAGGAGGUAUUUUGGGAUCUUUUGCAAUUGCGUAUACGUGUGACUAUUUUCUUGCUGAUAGGAAGAUAUUUGGUGGUACCACCCCCAAGACCGUUUCAAACAAGGAAUGGUGGGAAGAAACGGAUAAGAAGUUCCAGGCUUGGCCUCGCACUGCCGGGCCUCCUGUUGUGAUGAAUCCCAUCAGUCGCCAAAACUUCAUUGUCAAGCCCCGUUCCGAAUAGUGAAGCUUGCAUCUUUGGCAAAUCAUUCGAAUGAAUUUCGUUUCUUGUUAUAGGCCUUGCAAAGCCAUGCUCAUAAAUUCUACUGUAUUCCAUUAAAUGAUGCACCCAUAUAUUGGGUUCGGAUCUUAAUAACUGUCGUCAAGUCAGGGCAUUUCUUUGUCAGAAUGAUAGUUGUUUUUUAUCAUUUGGAUGUCGAAAGAUGAUUUUACAAGCUUUUUUCUUCAUAUUUUGAGUGUGGAAUGUCUGAUGUAUUUGCUCUAU